AUGCGUCAGCAGCAGAGUCGCGCUCAACGCGACCAAAUAAAGUUCCAGCAGCUGCAGCAGGAGGCGGAAUUGAAAAGCCAAGACGCUCAACGUCGGGCUAAAUUGGCUGAUGCGCGAGCUGAACACGAUUUAUCCGUCUUGCGACUCGCCCAGCAAGAAGCCCAGCAGAAAGCUCAAGUAGAAGGGGCGUCCGCUGCGUAUACCUCGCCCGCUGUCACUCACGCUCUUACUGCUCUCGAUGAGCAAAUUGUAACGUCCGCUCCCGCUUCAUCGGCUGCUUCUCGCUUCAACCCUUUCAAGAAGAAGAAGCUUAACCCGACUCCUCUUGCGUCCAUCGCCGCUAAGACUGCUGUUGCUCAAGACGCUACUUCCUCCUUGGUCACUGCUCCUGCUCCUGCUCCACCUCUUGCUGGCGAGUUUCCUCCUCCACCAGCCGCCGUGCCUAGCCGAGUGCAACGAUUCAAAUAA